ACGCACGGUUUUGAAGCUCACUCGUCUAUGUGAGCUGGACCGCGUACCAUUGGCCCAAAAGGCUUUCCGAGGAAACUCAGAAACUCACCCACACAAGAAGGAAUCUAACAGAGAAGGUAAUUUCUGCUUGCACAUAUGGGAUGGUCUGGAGGGAUUGAGGAUUUCGAUUGAGCGACAUCACAAAGCUCCGUCUGAGCAAUGUGAUCUUUGUGCACUUGUAUUAGCGUUUCUCUACUGACGAGGCGGAGAAUCAAAUAUAUCGCAUGCUCUCCAUCGUGCUUCUAGAGCGGGCGGGCGUCGAUUACGCAAGUUAAAUACAAUGUCUCUGCCCCCUGCGUGUUCGGCCACUUCCACGUCGAGGUUAAGCGACUCCGUGUACGAACUUUAUAACCCAGGAGUUGAAUCAGUGCUGGACGUUGUAUUCUUUCACGGCCUACAAUCGUCACACACCUCUGUACCUCACUUAUCAACAUGGAUAUCAAGCGGUUCUCACAAGGAAGUAUGGCCGCAGACCUGGAUCCCGCAAGAGUUUCCGGGAGCUCGGAUUCUCUCUGUCGAGUACGAUGCUUCUAUCAGUACAUCAGCAGAGAAUGGAAGAUUAGACCUCUACCUCACAGCCGAAAGUUUGAUGCAUAAUCUUAUAAUUGCGAAGGUGGGGCAGCAUCCUUGGCGUCCAGUUAUACUCGUCGGCAUAGUUACGGAGGCCUUGUGAUCAAACAAUUGUGCCUCCACGCACAAUCCAGCGGAAGCUUGCACCGCUCUGACAAACAAAUAGCUCACUUUCUCAACUCCGUCAGAGGAAUUUUCUUCUAUGGAACGCCGCACCAUGGAAUUUCAUCAUUCUUCACUCCAAAUGGAACAAAACUGAAGGAGGCUAGCCCUCUACUCGACUAUGUCAAGCUGCUUUGCGCAGAAUCAGGUCGCCUUCAUGAAAAUUUUGAUGCUUUACGUCUGUCCUACAAGUGGAGCAUUGCUGGAGUCGGAGAAUCCAGACCUACUACGUUCAUGCUAGAUGCAGACUCUCAAAAUGCUGUCGCAAAUAGCAGUGAGAUGAUUGUAGUUGAGGAGGCUUCAGCUCGGUACGGCGACUUUACUGUGGAGCUUGAGGAUCAUAUCUCUCUCUGCCAGCCCAAGAGCAGGACUUCAAAUACUUACAUACGGUUGACAUCGUUCCUGCAAAGGUUACAAAGCAUUAAGGUGAACAGGAGAAGACUUCCUGAUAAUCUCCAGACGGUGCCGAAAAUGGCAAUGAGCCUACAUUCUGACUUACUUGUAGAGGUUCAAAACAUUAUACGCACAGGUCCAGCAGCAGUUGCUCUUUGCGGCAUGGGAGGAAUAGGGAAAACAACUCUCGCAAAGCUGGUGUUCAAUGAGUUGUGUGCUGAAUACGAAUACACUUGUUUCGUUCCUAGUUGUACAAACAUGAAAAAUACCAAGGAGAUAGAAGACAAAAUAUAUUCGUCUAUAUAUCACCUUGGCAAACAGGUUACACAAGGAGUGGAAAAAUGGAAACCGACUGACUUGAGACAGCAAACACUUCUCCUUGUUCUGGAUGACAUUGACAAUGGUAGUCAUGUUGCACUUCUCGAGGACAUAGCUUCAAAGAACGAUUGUGCAAACAGUCGUUACAUUGUUACCUCUAGAGAUAGAGACAUUUUGAGCAGUUUGAAUAGUUUGGAUUCAUACGUGUUCGACGUGAAACUCUUGAAUCCCAAGAGCUCUACAGAGUUAUUUAAAAGCUACGCAUUUCCGAAUCCGACCGAACCGAGUCCAUCACUGGAGGAUUGGGUACACAAGAUCGUCGCGAAAUGUGAUGGACUACCAUUAACCCUAGAGGUGAUAGGCAAGUAUCUGAAGAAGAAAGUCAGUGAAAACAUAUGGAUGCAGUGUCUCCACGCUCUGGAUGAAGCAGAAAACAUAAUGCGUUUGGAUGACCAGUUGUGGGCGAAAUUGAGAGUUUCUUACGACCGUUUGGGUAGUCAGGAGAAAAAUAUAUUCCUUGAUGCUGCGUCAUUCUUCAGUAAUUCCACCUGGAAACUGCGAGAAGCUAAGGCUUGCUGGCGUGUGCUCUAUGGACUCGAAGAUCUCCGAUGGCAGACUCUGGUAGACUUGUCUCUCGUUUACAAUGUAACGGAAGAGAAAAGUAUACAAAUGCAUGAGCAAUUGAGGUCUCUGGGAAAUAGAUUGGCUUCAGGAUGGGGAACAGGUGGCAGAUGUAGGACUUGGACUUCCAAAAAUUUUCCUUCGAGGUUUAAUUCCUCAAACUACAAUGAGAGGAUUGCAGAAGGACAAUUCUAUUCCAAUGAUCCAGGCUCAUCAAGCACUGGUAUGGCAACACAUAUUGAGGAGGUCAUAGCGCUACGACUUGAACACUCGUGGCUCCUCGACACGAGAGAGGAUCUGGCCAAUAUCUGGAGAGAUAUUGGCCAGAUGAAGAAGCUGCAAUAUUUGGAUUCCGAGGUAUCCAUGCGGGAUGAAGUAGGUGGCAAGCUUCCAAAGAUUGUGAUCCUUCUACGACUCCGUGGAGAAGUGAACAUUCUUCAUGACCUGGUAGACCGAGGGCUCGCAAGAAGUUUGGCUGUUCUGGACUUGAGGGCACCGCUCACAUGUUUGCCAACAACCGUGAGCGACUUUCAAAACCUUGAAGUUAUAAAAUUCGAAGGAUGCCUCUUCGUAGGUCUUCCCGAAGCAUUCGGACAACUUUCCAGGCUUCGUCAUCUUACAUUUACCUUGUGCAGACUUCUUCGUUCAUUCCCCGAAGCUUUCGGAGGACUCUCACGACUGCGGUCUUUGAAACUUCAUCGGUGUUGGUAUUUGGAAGCAUUGCCGGACUCGUUCGGAAAUCUGUCCCAGCUACAAAGCCUGGUAAUACAUGGAACGAAAAUCUCAGAACUGCCUGAGAGCUUCGUAAAUCUGUCCCAGCUACAAAGCCUGGUAAUACAUGGAGUGCAAAUCUCACCUCAGCUACAAAGCCUGUUAAUACAUGGAAAGGAAAUCUCACCUCUCAGGCAGUUGCCUGAGAGCUUCGGAAAUCUGUCCCAGCUACAAAGCCUGGAAAUAUAUGGAAAGAAAUUCUCAGAACUGCCUGAGAGCUUCGGCGAUCUCGCUCUAGACUUGAUGCUAAUAGGGAUGAGUAGCCUCAUAGCCUUGCCGGACGGGUUCGGAAAUCUGUCCCAGCUACAAAGAGUGAGAAUACAUGGAGUGAAAAUCUCAGAACUGCCUGAGAGCUUCGGAAAUCUGUCCCAGCUACAAAGCCUGGUAAUACAUGGAAAGAUAAUCUCACCUCUCAGGCAGUUGCCUGAGAGCUUCGGCGAUCUCGCUCGACUGCAAGACUUGAGGCUAAUAGGGAUGAAUAGCCUCAAAGCCUUGCCGGACUCGUUCGGAAAUCUGUCCCAGCUACAAAGCCUGGAAAUACAUGGAUCGAAAAUCUCAGAACUGCCUGAGAGCUUCGGAAAUCUGUCCCAGCUACAAAGCCUGGAAAUACGUGAAACGAAAAUCUCAGAACUGCCUGAGAGCUUCGGAAAUCUGUCCCAGCUACAAAGCCUGGUAAUAGAUGGAGUGAAAAUCUCAGAACUGCCUAAGAGCUUCGGCCGUCUCGCUAGUCUGCGCGUCCUGGAGCUUUACUGUAUGCGACUCCAAGCCUUGCCGGAUACUUUUGGGCAGCUUUCACAGUUGUCGCACUUGACGAUGCAGGACUGCGACAUCAUCCAAAAAUUCCCGGAAUCGUUCGGCAAUCUGGCCAACCUGUCCAGAUUGGACAUCAUGGAGUGUCCCUUUCUUAACUACUUCGGGGUUCCGAAGAGCACCGAAGUAUACAUUCGAGGAAGACGGAUGAUAUGAAGAGAUGUUCGCCCUUGAGUUAUUCGAGCGGAGCGGAGCGUAGCGUUUGGAGUAGAACAACUUCACUUGGAGUCUUUUUUGGAGUGAUUGUGAAGGUUAUGUUACCAAUCAAUAUUCACAUGUUUUCUAGUGUGGAAAAAUAGGUCAAUUUCACUAGAAGAACUCAAGUUUUAGUUUUGUUCAUGUUCGAAAGUAGUUCAGUGAGUGGUGAUGCGAUCUUUCCACUUGGUCGCAAUUGACCAUAAUUUGGUGAUUUGGAGGACGGGAGAAGUUUUGCGGAAGUAAUCAAGGUUCUCGUGAGAUUGUAAUCUAGUUGUAGUUUGGAAGUGCAGGUGAGGGAAUCGCUCGAUUGUAAUGUGCAAGGAACUGGUAGAGGAAAAUUCGACUUCGGUUUUGGCCUUUAGACUGAGGCCGGAGCAAUCGAGUUGAUUUGCCUCUGUUUCUUCAGCAGUGGGCGGUGCCUGUUACGUGAGGAUCACUUUGCAUUGGGCAUGGAUGUUGGAGCCUUCGAUCCGCAACUGAACUUGAAUUCGCGAGAUGGGCCUAUCCCGGGGAUCAACUGAGAGUUGUUAGUGGGGCGGAAGUUUUGGGAUUUCUGUGUUCGGAUGGCUAUGGCUCUUCGACCUAGAGUGGGGUCCCAAUUGUACAGUUCUGCAAAGGAGUGAUGAAAGCAGCGGAGUGAAGGUUGGCAGAGAAAAGAGCGCUCUAUUCGUAAGCGUCGGAGUUGAGUCUUGGUGAAAAUUCAAAGUGGUGAACCUCAGUAAUCUGGCCUUUGGUGCUAAAUUGGACGCUGUCUUGUCAUCCAGAUGAACGCCUUGG